AUGAGUCGAGUGCCGGUUCUUGCCAUUGUUGCCGUGGUCUUGGUCUUCUGCAUCGCGGGCUCAAAAGAAAACGGCAUCAUUUCAGUAGUCAGUCAGAAAUUGCAAAGAAACCGCCGCCAGGUAGAGGAAAUCAUUGAAAUGGGCGGAUUUGGUAGACCAAUGGAGGAGGUGAUAAUCGAAGAGCCUAUGCGAGGCGGAAUGGGCGGCUACGGAAGAGGAGGCUACGGACGAGGAGGUUAUGGCAGAGGUAUGGGAGGCUACGGAAUGGGCGGACCGGUUGAAGAGAUUAUUGAAAUUGUUUGA